AUGCGGCCAUUAAAGUCGAAAGCUUUUUAUUCUUUACUUUUCUGGGCCAAUCAGUAUGGACCCAAAAAGACCCCUGGGAGCUUCGAGGAUAAAGUCUUGGCUUUGUUACUUUCUGAUUCUCGAGAAAAUGAGGAAGAAGCCAUUAGGGGUUAUGGGGUUUUGAACGUUUUAGGCUUUGGUUUCCUGGAAAUGAUAUGCUUUGACACAUUUUCAAUGGUUCCAAAACUGAAAUCUGAAAAAACCAGCAAGAGAGUCCACUUUGUGAGGAGCCUAAUUAGGGAGGUUGCUGGUUUUGCUCCUUAUGAGAAGAGGAUUACUGAACUUCUCAAGGUUGGAAAAGAUAAGCGUGCUUUGAAGGUGGCAAAGAGAAAGCUAGGCACUCACAAGAGGGCCAAGAAGAAGCGUGAGGAGAUGUCCAAUGUUCUCCGCAAGAUGAGGUCAGCUGGAGGCGGGGAGAUGAAGAAGUGAGUCGCGCCAUGGUUUGUGUUUCAUAAACAGUUUUAACGUUUAGACGUGUUGAAGUUUCUUUUGCCUUGUUUUGAGAGUUUUUACUUGCUUAGGGCUCAAAAUUUUGUAGUAUUGCCUUCAAAUCCUUUAGUAUUGAUAUCUUGGAAUAGAUUUUUAUCUGCAAUCAUUUCACUUAAAACUUAAAAAAGUAUGAGAAAGACUUGAAAAUAA